AUGGGAGUUUUACGCGAUUUGUUUGACUAUUCAGUGGUUCGAGAUAUUUUACAAGUUCCGUUGGCAGAGGAAGUGAUGGAAGACCGCAUGGUUUGGAAGGAUGAUGCUAAAGGUCUUACUGAUAUUAUAUCUCCUCGUCUUUAUAUUUUUCAGGAUAUCAAGUCCCUUAUCCAUGAUAUUUGUUUGAAGAAGGAUAGGAAAAUCGCAGGAAGAGUUGCGGUUAUGUUGGAAGGUUUGUGGAAGAAUAGGAGCGACUCUGUUUGGCAUAAUGAGAAGGAAGAUGCAUCUAGACUUGGUUGGCUAGCAUUCCAUAAGUGUCAAGAUUGGUUUCUAGCCCAAAAUCUUCGGGAAACGCAGUUACAUAACGGAGAGUUGGUUAAUUGGAAUCCGCCUCCUUUUGGUUGCUUUAAAUGUAACGCCGAUGCCGCCUUUAAUCAGCGUGUCGGAUCUACGAAUCGAGGUUGGUGUAUUCGUAACGAUCAUGGUAACUUUAUUGCUGCAGGUGCUGCGUGGGAUAGUUGUACUUUCUCUGUGUUAGAGGCGGAGGCCUUAGCCCUCAAGGAAGCAAUCCAAGCUAUUUCUAUGUUUCAUAAUGCCCCGAUGAUUUUUUAG